GUGGUUGGUUGUAUUAGUUGAAGAGAAAAAGUUUCCAAAAUAGGAAUGUAGUAUCAUCUUAUUUGGGGAAAGGGAAAGUGUGUCAAAAUGAGAAAGUGUGUCCCUUAAGUGUGACGGAGGAUGUAUUAAUUUUACUAUACAUAAAUUAUUGUAAUUUAAAAGAAAAAAAACAACCAAAAUGGAACACAAAUAUCAAAUUGUAUUUUACAAUAUUUUACCUUUGAAGAUUGAAUAGGUAGUCAGCGCGGUAUGCGACGGAGGCUGUGCGGGCGAGCUGAGAGGGUGGGAGCGGGAGAGUGGCUAAGUGGGCAAGCAAUGGGCGAUCUGACAUCUAAGCUGGCAGGCAGUGGGUGAGCGGCAACGACAACGACAAUCAGGCGACGGUGAUGCAGGUGUUCGUCAAAGCACAAAAGUCAAAGGCGUACUUCAAGCGUUUCCAAGUUAAGUACAAGAGAAGAAGAGAGGGGAAGACUGAUUAUCGGGCAAGGAUUCGCAUGAUCAAUCAGGAUAAAAACAAGUACAACACUCCAAAGUUUCGCUUUGUUGUACGAUUUACCAAUAAGGACAUAAUUUGCCAGAUUUUGUCCUCGAGCAUUGCUGGUGAUCAUGUCCUUGCUGCUGCGUAUGCACAUGAGCUGCCUCGUUAUGGCCUAGAAGUUGGGCUGACCAACUAUGCUGCAGCUUACUGCACUGGACUUCUUUUGAGCCGUCGCGUUCUGAAGACCCUUGAAUUGGACGAGGAGUAUGAAGGAAAUGUGGAGGCAACAGGAGAGGAUUAUUCUGUUGAGCCUGCUGAAAGCAGAAGGCCCUUCCGUGCCCUUUUAGAUGUUGGUCUCAUCAAAACUACUACUGGAAACCGUGUUUUUGGUGCUCUCAAGGGAGCCCUGGAUGGUGGACUCGAUGUCCCACACAGUGAUAAGAGGUUUGCUGGAUUUAGCAAGGACAACAAGCAGCUUGAUGCUGAAGUGCACCGCAAGUAUAUUUAUGGUGGCCAUGUUGCUUCCUACAUGAACACUCUGAUUGAAGACGAGCCUGAGAAGUAUCAGUCUCACUUUAGUGAGUACAUUAAGAGGGGUAUAGAGGCAGAUAACAUUGCAGAGGUGUACAAGAAGGUUCAUGCAGCAAUUCGUGCUGACCCCACACCUAAGAAAUCUGAAAAGAAGCAGCCAACCGAGCACAAGAGGUACAACCUUAAGAAGCUAACUUAUGAGGAGAGGAAGAACAAGUUGAUUGAGAGGCUAAAUGCACUGAAUGCUGCUGCGGGAAACGACGAUGAUGAGGAUGAGGAUGAGGAUGAAGAUGAUGAGUGAACUGUCACUGACAGCCAGUAGUUUGUAAUAUCUGGUCAAAGUUUUGCUUUGCUGCGGUAAUCUGUUGGAUGCUUCUAUUUCUUUAGGGGUGUGACAAUUUAUUGUUGUUUUUCUACACAAGAUUUAACCACCCGAAUUGAUGCUCUCUUGUCUAGACUUUCAUUUUUUUCUUUUCUAGUCUUUUUUCUUCCCUCCUGAAUUGAUGAGUUUGCUCUUAA